CGGGAAGUCCGUGAGGGAGCGCGGGAGCCGCGGCGGCUGCUGGCUGCGGAGCGGAGCUGGCGGAAGGACUCCUUGGGACAAACAUGAGGAGUGCAGCCAAGCCCUGGAGUCCAGUGAGCAGGGCAGGGAGCCACGGGGUGGACCGCCCCCGGCCCCUCCCCGUCCCCUCUCCCGGCAUGAAGAGCUCCAAGUCUUCCACCUCGCUGGCUUUUGAGUCCCGACUCAGCAAGCUCAAGCGGGCCAGCAGCGAGGACACCCUCAACAAGCCCGGAGCGGCCGCUGCUUCCGGGGCAGCAGCUCGGCUGAAAAAGACGUCCACGUCCGGGGCCAUCUCCGAACUCACCGAGAGCCGCCUGAGGGGCCCCUCAGGUAGGCGGGAGUGGGGGCAAGGAGAGACUCAGGCGGUGGAGGCGGGCAGGUGGGAGGGUCUCAGGGAGGUGGGGGUAGGUGGGCGGGGUCCGGGGAGGGGCGCGGCACGUGGGGGGAGCCCAGGGCGGGGGAGCCCUGGAGGCUCUUGUCCAUUUGAAAGCGUCUCAGGGCUCAGGUCUGUCAGGACCACUUUGAGUCAGGAGCUUUUAGGCGACAACAUUCCACAACGGGGGGUUUCCUAUGUCUCGGGGAGACAGACACAAGGGAACAGGGAGGCGGUGGGGAGCCCUGUGUGUCCCUCCGCCCCUCUGCUUGUCCGUCUCUUUGCACGUGUGGCCUUCAUGGGGAUUCAGGCAGAGUGGUACAGGCCGUGGGGCUGUCUUGGGGUCUUGGUGCGGCGGUGUAGACGAGUGCGUGGGCCCGCAGGUCCCUGGCGGAGCUGCCCAGCCUGCUUCCUGGGUCCUGUGGAGACCAGGACUGGAGGCUGCUUACAGUCGCUCAGACGCCGGUGGCCGCUGAAAGCCGUGGGCAUUCUCUGUGUUAGCAGUUUCUUGAGAAACAGAAAAGGUUUUUUUUAA